AUGAUGUUGGUCGUCGAUGCCACAGGGUUGGCACUAAUACCCUGGGAUCGACUGUCCGUUCUCAUCGUUCUUGGCGUCACAUGGUUUUUUAAGUUCUUCAUUGUAGUUGGUGGAUCGAUCCCAUAUGUCUUUCAAUAUGCGGAAAUUCAUCAUCGACGGAACGCCCAGGGCUUUUCCCUUUUUGUAUGUCUUGCGCUAUGCAUAGCGAACAUCCUAAGGAUACUUUUUUGGUUUGGCAAAAGGUUCGAUUUGGCACUACUCGCUCAAAGCAUAGUGAUGUUCAUAUGCAUGAUCUUCAUGUUGGAAAUUGCCGUAAGGAUGAACAAGAAACACACACCUAAGGCUCAGCGGAAAUCCUUAUUGAAAGGCGACUUUCUCAACUCAUUUUGGGCAUGGCACGAUCUAACAAGCUUUUUGGUUGCGCUGACGGUGUUUACUACAUUUUGGGCCAUCGUUACUGCCCUUAUGACCCGUUUUCAAUGGUAUGUGGAGGCCAUCGGUAUGGUAUCAUUGCUUGUUGAGGCAAGUUUGGGCGCUCCACAAUUGAUUCGGAAUUGGCAACGAAAGUCUACGCAAGGAAUGAGUGUACCUAUGGUCUUGGCGUGGCUUUGUGGAGAUCUUGCCAAAACAGCAUAUUUUGUUGCUACUGGUAGCCCGUUACAAUUCUGGGUUUGCGCUAUACUACAGAUCUCAAUCGACAUUUUCAUUCUCGGCCAAGUGUUUUUCUAUAGAAAGAACACCGGCUCAUCCGAGCUUCCAUAUGAUUCAGGCUCUCCACCGCAUUCUGUUGUAGAUUGAUUGGAGAUAAUCAUUAGAACACGUCUACUUACCUGCCUUGAUCGGCCUGGAUCAAAUAUGUAGGUAUAGCUUGAGCGCCAUUUGUAUGUUCAUAUGUAAAUUCGUUCAAAGCU